GGUGCACACUCUGUGUGAUCUGACGGCUAAGAAUAAAGUCUUGUUCUUUGCUGGCUCAAGAGCCAGUGGUUAAAAUCAACAAGGUCUACUGGACGGUCUCCCAUGGCAUAAUUUAUGUUGGACAUCUUUAUAGCUAAGCAGCUUAAUGCAUUGCAAAAAAAAAAAAAAUCCACAGACAUCUGAUAAUUAAGAUCAAUGCACUAAUCUGCAAUCAUCAAACAUGGCCAAAAUGAAUAACCUGUGGAAUACAGAAGCUUUUACAGACAAUGCGUACAUAUCAAAACGAAGUAUUAGGAAGAUUCUUAUCAGGAAGAGGCAUUAUCUGCCUGCGGAGAACAAGAUUUCUGACCCCAACAAUAAAAUAAAUCCGGUUCUACCUAUUGAGAAGAACAUUAAUGCUUCAACUAGUUGUGUAGAAGAGAUAACAGUACAAGAGUUGGGAUCUCAAAUUUCAAGCACUCAAUUCUAUAUUCCUGCAAAAUAUUCUGAACAAUGCUGUGGAACAGACAGAGAACUGGAUGAAAAAGAAAUAGAGACUGGGUCUGGAUCUGACCCCAGUUCCCAACUGAACCACAAGGACUCAGAACCAACCAGCAUCCCCCAUGUGAAGGUAAAAGAGGAGGUAGACAUCACUAAAGCAUGUGGCCUGGCAGGAAUUCAGCCAGAGACUGAGGCUGAGGAGGAUGAAUGCGAUGUAGAGGGAAACACAGAUGACACACCCAAAUCUCCAGAGAAUCAGCUUUUAAAAAGUCAAUUAAUGUUCGCCACCAUGAAGAAACGAGGGAUGGAGGGAGACACCGAAAAUCGGCCAUACAAGUGCACCUACUGCAACUGGGCUUUCAAAAAGUCCAGCAACCUGCUCAGCCACAUCGAUACACACCAAGGACUCAAACCGCAUGUUUGUGACCUGUGUGGGAAAGCUUACUCGCACCAGGGGACUCUUCAACAGCACAAGCGGCUGCACACGGGCGAAAGGCCGUACCAGUGCCCUUUUUGUGAAAAAAGCUACAUUUGGUCUUCUGAUUUCCGCAAACACAUCCGAACGCACACCGGAGAGAAACCGUAUAUCUGUGAGGAAUGCGGCAAGGACUUUGUGAGAUCUUCUGACUUGCGAAAACACGAGCGCAACAUGCACACCAACAACAAGCCGUUUCUCUGCAAGCACUGUGGGAAAACUUUUAACAAACCAUUGUCCCUUCACCGUCAUGAGCGCACACAUUUGGGCGAGAGGCCGUUCAUUUGUCCAGACUGCGGGAAGGCGUUUGCAUUAGCCAGUCGUAUGACAGAGCACAGGAAGAUUCACAGCGGCGUACGUCCCUACACCUGCACUGUUUGCUCCAAAUCUUUCACCAAGUCCUCCAACCUCGCAGAGCAUCUCACAGUCCACAGUGGAGUCCGACCACACAAGUGCUCAGAAUGUGGAGUGGCAUUCGCCAUGGCAUCCCGACUGGUGCGGCAUCAGCGUAUUCAUAAAGCAGAGCAGUCCUAUCCGUGCCAGGACUGUGAUCUGUCAUUCAGCCACAUCACAGCACUCAAGAAGCAUCAGAAGAAGCAUACUGAAGGCAUGAUCUUCGUAUGUGGACAGUGCAGUAAAUCUUUCCACCAGGAAUUCCUUCUCAAAGAACACAUGCAGAGCCAUGCAGACACUGAGACUUGCAUUGCCUAAAACCCAUUUUGCACUUAGGUAACUGGAGGAGAGUAAGUAAGCCUAGGUUGUUCUCUUUCUUUCACAAUUAAGCCUUAACAACAUAGUAACAUUCAGCUAGGUAUUCAAAGCCAUUUGUUAGGACCGUAGCUUUCUUUCUUACGCCUUAAUAACAAAGUUACAUUUAAUUUAGUUUAGAUAGGACCUGAUAGGACCUUGGCAUUUUUUUAUUUAUUUUAUUUAUUUUUGUGGUGUAAACGUGCAGAAACUUGUAGGGACCACCUUGGUUGUGAAUAAAUCUGUGUAUAUUCUGAACAAAAGAAAACCAUAAAUAAAUGAAAAAUACGAAAUGUUGUUAACAUGUUGGUGACCUAUAUGUAAAAUGUUUAAAGGACAAUGUCGACCAAGGCUUGUUGGACAAUGCAGAAUAUCUCAGAAAUAUUGUGAUUUCUUUUAGCAGUACAGUAUGAUUUACACAGUGCUACUUAUUUCAAUGAAGAAAAUUGGUAAAGAAAAUCAGCAGGUGAAUAUGUGCAUUUGUAUCUUGAGACUUAAGGGUUGGUGCUGUUUGUACAUGUUAUAUAAUGGAUCAAACUAAUAAUAAUACUGUUACAUUUCAUGCAGCUAAAAUAACCGACACGAGAACACUAUGUUGUUAUGGUGUUUCAGUGAAGGAGAAUGUCAAAAUGUAGUCUUAUUUAGGAUUCAUGCCUUUGUUUGAAACAGGGGAGAUUGUUGUUUUAGAGAUUAAAUUUUGAAUCGUACUUGAGAACAUUAAACCUAAUACUCAGAGUG